GAAAAAGCGCGCGCGACGCUUGCAUUUGUCAGUCGCACCAGGGUCGUCAGAGGGGUCGGACCGCUAUCUAGUCAUUGUAUUUUUAAAUAUAUUUUAUUACCGUAAUCCAAAGGUCAUCAUGAAAGUGUUCAUCGUGUUGGCAGCAGUCGCCGCCCUUGCGAGCGCCCAAUUCAAAUGCCCGAACAAAGAUGGCCAAUAUGAGGACGAAAGGCAGUGCGACAAGUUCUACGAAUGCGUUGAUGGUGUCUCUACGACCAAGCUGUGCCCCGACGGUCUUGUGUUCGACCCUACCAUCAGGAAGAUCAACAAGUGCGACCAACCGUUCAAUGUAGAUUGCGGUGACAGGACCGAACUUCAACCCCCCAAGCCCAACAACCAGUGCCCACGUCGUAACGGUUUCUUCGCCCACCCUGACGCCUCCGUGUGCAACAUCUUCUACAACUGUAUUGAAGGUGAUGCUACCGAGGUCAAGUGUACCGCUGGUCUUCAUUUCGAUGAGUACUCCGGUACCUGUGUGUGGCCCGAUUCCGCUGGCAGACAAGGAUGUAUCGCCCAGGAGAAAAAGACCAAGGAUGGCUUCGAGUGCCCCAAGGAUCAACUGGUUGACCCUCAAGGUCAGGCUGUCGCUCACCCCAAAUUCCCUCACCCUAAUGACUGCCAACGUUUCUACGUAUGCUUGAACGGUGUUGAGCCUCGUGACCUUGGUUGCCAAGUCGGAGAGGUCUAUAAUGAGGAGAGCCAGAAAUGUGACGCACCCGAGAAUGUCCGUGGAUGCGAGGAUUGGUACAAGGACUCUGAAGACGCAGCGCCAGCUCCUAAGGCAAGAUCCUAAGCUAGUGAUAAAUAUAUAAGUUACACCUAAGACUUGAUAAGUUAAUAUACUUUAAGAUAUAAACAACAA